ACAGGUGCCCGCCCGGCCCGACAUGACGGGGCUGGGGCCGGACCAGGAGUUCGACUUUGAGUUCCUCUUUGAGUUCGACCAGAGCGACGAGGGCGCCACUGCGGCCACCGGAGAGCACUACAGCUAUGCAUCCUCCGGUAUCAGUUCUGGCCUGCCGCUCAGCACGGCGCACCCCGUACUGCCAGCCCCGUGCCAUGACCUUCAGACGUCUAAUCCCGUCAUCUCCGUCCUCCCAUCAACGGGCCACCCUUCGGGGUAUGGGGGCGCAGUGGACAGCGGGCCUGCCGGGUACUUCUUGCCCUCAGGCGGCACCCGGCCCAACGGCGCCCCAGCCCUGGAGAGCCCCCGCAUCGAGAUCACAUCCUACCUGGGCCUGCACCACGGCAGCAACCCGUUCUUCCACGAUGUGGAGGUGGAGGACACCGUCCCUGGCGCCAGGCGGGCGCCCUCCACGGCCACGCUGCCUCUGCCCGGCCUCGAGGCCUACAGGGACCCCACCUGCCUGAGCCCGGCCAGCAGUCUGUCCUCCCGCAGCUGCAAUUCUGAGGCCUCUUCGUAUGAGUCCAACUACUCCUACCCCUAUGCCUCCCCCCAGACGUCCCCCUGGCAGUCCCCCUGUGUAUCGCCCAAGACCACCGACCCUGAGGACGGCUUCCCCCGCGGACUGGGGGCCUGCAACCUGCUGGCCUCGCCACGGCACUCGCCGUCCACCUCGCCGCGGGCCAGUGUCACUGAGGAGAGCUGGCUGGGCCCGCGGGGCUCCCGGCCCUCCUCGCCCUGCAACAAGCGCAAGUAUGGCCUCAAUGGCCGGCAGCCCUCCUGCUCACCGCACCCCUCGCCCACACCAUCCCCACAGGGCUCCCCGCGUGUCAGCGUCACUGACGACACCUGGCUGGGCAACUCCACGCAGUACACCAGCUCGGCCAUUGUGGCGGCCAUCAACGCCCUGUCCACCGACAGCUCACUGGACCUGGGUGACGGCGUGCCGGUCAAGGCCCGCAAGACAACGCUGGAGCACACUGCCGCCAUGGCGCUCAAGGUGGAACCAGCUGGCGAGGACCCCGGUGCCACCCCGCCCGCCGCCACCUUCUCCCCCGAGGAGUUCCCCACCUUCCAGCACAUCCGCAAGGGCGCCUUCUGCGACCAGUACCUGUCGGUGCCGCAGGCCCCCUGCCCCUGGGUGAAGCCCAAGCCCCUGUCCCCGGCUUCCUACAUGAGCCCGUCCCUGCCUGCCCUCGACUGGCAGCUGCCGCCUCACUCAGGACCGUACGAGCUUCGGAUUGAAGUGCAGCCCAAGUCCCACCACAGGGCCCACUAUGAGACGGAAGGGAGCCGGGGGGCCGUGAAGGCAUCAGCUGGAGGACACCCCAUCGUGCAGCUACACGGUUAUUUGGAAAACGAGCCACUCACGCUCCAGCUGUUCAUUGGGACGGCGGACGACCGCCUGCUGAGGCCCCACGCCUUCUACCAGGUCCACCGGAUCACAGGGAAGACUGUCUCCACUACCAGCCAUGAGGCUAUCCUCUCUAAUACCAAAGUCCUGGAGAUCCUGCUGCUGCCGGAGAACAACAUGCGAGCAAUUAUCGACUGUGCCGGGAUUUUAAAGCUCAGAAACUCUGACAUUGAGCUUCGGAAAGGGGAGACGGACAUUGGGAGGAAGAACACCCGCGUGAGGCUGGUCUUCCGCGUCCACAUUCCGCAGCCCGGAGGCCGGACCCUGUCCCUGCAGGUCGCAUCCAACCCCAUUGAAUGCUCCCAGAGAUCAGCCCAGGAGCUGCCGCUGGUGGAGAAGCAGAGCACAGACAGCUACCUUGUGGUAGGCGGCAAGAAGAUGGUCCUCUCCGGACACAACUUUCUGCAGGACUCGAAAGUCAUUUUCGUGGAGAAAGCACCAGAUGGUCACCACGUCUGGGAAAUGGAAGCAAAAACUGACAGAGAAAUGUGCAAGCCAAACUCACUGGUGGUUGAGAUCCCACCUUUCCGCAACCAGAGAAUCACUAGCCCGGUUCAGGUCAAUUUCUACGUCUGCAACGGGAAGAGGAAGAGAAGCCAGUACCAGCACUUCACCUACCUUCCUGCUAAUGUUCCAAUUAUAAAAACAGAGCCCACCGAUGAUUACGAGCCUGUGCAAACCUGUGGACCAGUGACCCAAGGACUCAGUCCUCUCUCGAAGCCCUACUACAGCCAGCAGCUCCUGCUGCCUCCCGAUCCUGGUGCGUGCCUUGUGGCUGGCUUCACUUCCUGCCAGCAGAGAAGCACUGUGAUGUCACCUCCGCCCAGCACAAGCCCGAAGCUCCACGACCUUUCUUCUGCCACUUAUACAAAGUGCAGCCCCAGCACAGGCCACAGCCACCUCGGACUCCAGCAGCCCGCUGGAGGGGCCCCCACCACUCAGGAAGUGCCAAGACCCAGAGCUGUCCCCUCAAGUGCUCCCCAUCCGUCAUCUCACGCCACGCUGCAGCCGCAGGUGAGUCAACAUCUGAGCAGUAGCUGUUCCCUUGGUUACCAACAAACACUCUAUCCCAACAGUCCCUCUUCUCCAGUUCCGUCCGUUACCCAAGAGCCAACCUAUUUGCAGCCCUGCAGCCCAACGAGCCCAUCUGCAGUGGGCCACCAGCAGCACCAACCGCCGAAGGUUCACAGACAUGAGUCUCCAACCACCCAGCCUCUGUCACUGCCAGAGUUGCAUGAGGACAGUAGUCAUAAUUUGGCCCCUAUUCCUGUAACCGUCAAGCGAGAACCAGAAGAAUUGGACCAGUUGUACCUGGACGAUGUAAAUGAAAUAAUACGAAAUGACCUCUCCAGUACUAACAUCCACUCUUAGUUUGCAACGUUGGGUCUCAUUCAGAAGCUGUGCAGUGUCAACGGAUGCCAGUUCAGCUUCAGCAUACAAAGAUUUUUGCCUAAGUAAAUGGAACACAGUACCUGGUACCACUCAGAACUCCCAACCUCCUGAAUGCUGGGAGCUGAAGAAUUAUAUUCUAUGUAAAAAGCAGUAGCUCUCUACCAAGAAGGAAUGAAUGAAUGAGUGAAGGAAGAAAGGAAGGAAGGUAGGAAGGAAGGAGGAAAGGAAGGAAGACCAACCCAUCUUCUGGAAAAAAUGUCAUCUCAAGAAAAAGAAAAGGAGGUGGGGUGGGCUGACUACAGGGGACGUGCUGUGCAAUGGCCCCUUUGUGGGGUCACUCGUGGGCAUGGUCCAAUAUGGUGGUUUGAUCCCGAGCUUUGCCCUUGGGGCACCGGAUCUCAAUACUGGAAGUGCCUUAUUGAACCAGGUCAUAGCAUCAGGACAUCAAAUUGGUCAUUGAAUUUGCUACCAUGAGAGUAUUUGUAGGAGCAAAAGCUAUGAAAACAUUUCAUUAUGAUGCUUUCUCCUUUGUAUAAAGUACAAGAAUACUGGCUAGCUAAGGGUGGUGAGAAAAACCUAAUAUGAGUUUUCUCCUUUUUCUCACCUUCUCCUGGGCUGAUGUGUACAGUGUUGUUGCCUUAUUCAGUGCAUUUUAGAACUCUUCCCAUUUGUCAUCUCAAAUCUCUCAUAAUAUACUUCUCCCCACUGUGUUACUAAAAUCACAGGAUUGUUGAUAGUAGCAUGCUAGGAUUUUUGUUUUUAAUCUGGCUUCAAACAUAGCACAAGUAAGUUGACUAGCACAAGGUAGGUUAUUGGACAAAAAAAGAAAUCUAUCUGUUGCAGGAUAGAUCUUGCGAUUGCAUGUAUAUACAUAUGUAGGCAUGUAUUUAUAUAUAAAUAAUAAAUAGGGGUGGUGAUCUUCAGUCUUUGCCCAGAAGGGCUUCACAGUUAGCAAUAACCAGCAUCCACUUUGGAAAAUGCAUCUAGGAUUCCAAGCCUGACUUUUCAGCUACUCCCACUGGGUCCACCAUACCUCUGACAGGUCUCCAUGUUCUCGCCUCAUGCAGUUAUACGAGCACUUUAGAGAGCCAGGCCAGAUGCAUUCGAAACACACGUGUGUUACCAAAUGGCAAAAUUGGCAAGGGACUGUAAAUAUCAUUAUAAAAGGAGUGUAAUAUAUUUGUUCGAUUAUAAGAUUAUUACUUCACAGAAGCCUUAUAACUCUGCUUCAUCUAAGAAAAGUAUUACCAAAAACAAUGUUUAAAUAUGCAGCAAUGUAUAGUAUGUUUUCGAGUUAGUUUAUGUCAAGAGAUAGAGUAGUGUAGUCUUUGCUGUUGCAUUUUGUACAAUUAACAGCUAAUUACACAUUAUUACUAGCAGUGACCUAUUGUUUCAUAUAACCAAAAAGCAUGGUUUAAUUAAAACAUGUUUAACCUAAUAAUUGUGCCUUAGGAAUUCAUGCCCCCUUAUGGAAUAUGCCUGAACUACACCCUCGGGUGGUGGCGUAAGUUACUAAGUCAUUAAACGCAAUGUUAUGACCGAGAAAGAGCUUUCCCACAGAAAGAAUUAUUUUUAAAAUGUUCUUCUGUAUGACUAUGUCUUAUUUUUUCUUUUUUUUAACUCACAGAAAGAAACAAAACCCUGAAAGCCAUAUUUGUAACUUUUGCACAUAACUGUGAGGAGCUGAAGAUAUAUGGCUAACUGUACAUAGCUCACUGCCCCACCGGGCAGACUGUUCCUCCCGCCUGUUCUACCCAUUCCCCCACCCUGUAUUUAGCAUCCUAGGAGUUGCAUGAAAUAUUUCUAGUAGACUGUCCUAUGAAAAGGAAACAUUUGAUAUUUGCGUCAGCUAUCUUUGUAGUUAGAAAAUA